GGAAGCCGCGCAGUCCGACUCAUCGCGUCCCGGGUAUGGCGUCCCCACGGGAACUGACCCAGAACCCCCUGAAGAAGAUCUGGAUACCGUACAGCAAUGGGAGGCCCGCUCUGCACGCCUGCCAGCGCCGUGGAGUAGCUGAAACAUUAUAAUGAAUUUGCAAGUUGGCAAGGACCUCAGAGAACAUCUAGUCCAACUUGUACAGAUAUAGAAAUGGAGAUCAGGAGAUUGUGUGAUGUGCUAAGGUCUCCCUGUACUCCUUGACCUCUGCUUGGGCAUGAUAAGGGAGGGGAGAGUGCUCUGUUCUUGUUUUGCCUUGAGGCCAGCCUGGGGGCCCUGGCUUUGACCAAGAUUUUGCAUGACCAACUGCCCAACGCUCAUUGUCAUGGUAGGCCUGCCCGCCAGGGGCAAGACCUACAUCUCUAAGAAGCUGACUCGCUACCUGAACUGGAUUGGCGUGCCCACUCGUGAAUUCAACGUUGGCCAGUAUCGCCGGGACAUGGUCAAGACGUACAAGUCUUUUGAGUUUUUCCUUCCAGACAAUGAAGAGGGCCUAAAAAUCAGGAAGCAGUGUGCACUGGCAGCCCUCCGUGAUGUCCGGCGGUUCCUCAGUGAGGAGGGGGGACACGUGGCGGUUUUUGAUGCAACGAAUACCACCCGAGAGCGGAGAGCGACCAUCUUUAAUUUUGGGGAACAGAAUGGCUACAAGACCUUUUUUGUGGAGUCCAUCUGUGUGGAUCCUGAGGUCAUAGCUGCUAACAUUGUGCAAGUGAAACUGGGCAGCCCUGACUAUGUGAACCAUGAUAGUGACAAGGCCACGGAAGAUUUCAUGCGGCGCAUUGAGUGCUAUGAGAAUUCGUACGAGUCGCUGGAUGAGGACCUGGACAGGGAUCUGUCCUACAUCAAGAUCAUGGACGUGGGGCAGAGCUAUGUGGUGAACCGGGUGGCUGAUCACAUCCAGAGCCGCAUCGUGUAUUACCUCAUGAACAUCCAUGUGACCCCUCGCUCCAUCUACCUCUGCCGGCACGGGGAAAGUGAGCUCAAUCUCAAGGGCCGGAUUGGCGGGGACCCGGGACUGUCCCCCCGGGGCAGGGAGUUUGCCAGGAGUCUGGCCCAGUUCAUCCGUGAUCAGAACAUCAAGGACCUGAAGGUCUGGACGAGCCAGAUGAAGAGGACCAUCCAGACAGCCGAGGCCCUGGGUGUGCCUUAUGAGCAGUGGAAGGUCCUCAACGAGAUCGACGCGGGCGUCUGUGAGGAGAUGACUUACGAAGAAAUUCAGGAUCAUUAUCCACUGGAAUUUGCCCUACGGGACCAGGACAAGUACCGGUACCGGUACCCCAAGGGGGAGUCCUACGAGGACCUGGUCCAGCGCCUUGAGCCUGUCAUCAUGGAGCUGGAGAGGCAAGAGAAUGUGCUGGUCAUCUGCCACCAGGCUGUGAUGCGCUGCCUCCUGGCCUACUUCCUUGAUAAGGCGGCAGAACAGCUGCCCUACCUCAAGUGUCCGCUGCACACCGUCCUGAAGCUGACCCCCGUGGCUUAUGGUUGUAAAGUGGAGUCCAUAUUCCUGAACGUGAUGGCUGUGAACACGCACCGGGACAGGCCUCAGAAUGUAGACAUCUCGAGGCCCCCGGAGGAAGCCCUUGUCACGGUCCCUGCUCACCAGUGACCAUGUCUCAUCCACUGCGACCCCCAGGCAGGUAUGGACCUCUGCAAAUGAGGUCCUUACAGGCCCCCUGGCCCGU